GUUUCAGGAAAUUAACCCAUCUAUCACUAUCACGAGAACACACGACCGAAGAUAAGCAGUAAUCGCCCCGCCUUUAUUAAACUAACGUUACUCAGAGGAAGUUUAGUGACAGAUGAACAUCGGCGAUUACUGAAGAUGGAUCGGACGUGUUUUUGUGUGCUGUUCAUAUUCAUUUCAUGUGUCAGUUCGACAAAAGUACAUUAUGAUGCUCGAGUGACGGUGAAAAAUGAAGGUAUAACCAGGUUUUCUUUUGAAAACAAUAAUAUUAAUUUGGUGAAGCUUGUCAGCACUUCUGAUAACGAAGUCAUAUGGGUCGGAGGAAACGACGUCCUCUAUUCUAUCAACCCAACACAAGGCAUCAAACCCCAUAAGGUGGAUGUGACUCUUUGUAAGGAUGAAAGCAAAGAUUUAGACACUUCUCACCAUUUAUACAGGAUCUCUCUGCUCAGAGAAAGCAUUGACAACAAUCUCCUGUUCAUCUGUAGAUCACAUGAUGCAAAUACAGUGUGCUGUAACAUGAGCUCCAGCUAUUCUCCGAUAGACUGCUUCACAUCAGAAAAUUACGAGCCGGAUAUUAAUGAGCCGUCAUUACUUGUCAAUAAUAUGCUGUACUUUACCAAGUCUGAGAAGGGAUUGUACAGGAUCAACAAGGAUGACAAAAAUGACAACAUUUGGUCUCAGUCGAGUCAAGCAGAGCAAACAUACCUGAAGCUGAUUGCUGGUAAAGGCCAACACCAGGACAAAGUUUAUUCCUUCUUCGCAGAGAAACACAAAAGAAAAGACAGUGAAUUGGAGCACUGGAUUCCACGAGUCUCUCAGAGCUGCAUGAACGACAGAGGCGGUUCUAAGAGUCAACUACAGAGCAGCUGGACGUCCAUGAUUUACACCCGUCUGUUCUGUGGCAAAGGAUAUGAAUUCACUCAGAUGAUAGAUGUGGCCACACUAGAAACGGACAACACCACCAAAAUAUAUGCGCUUUUCAGAAACUAUUGGAAUAUGAGUGCUGUGUGUGUUUAUGACAUUAAUGAAAUCAGCAAUAUCUUCACUUCCUCUAAAUUCAUCUCCAACAAAGUUCCUGCGAAUCACCGGCCUGGAACGUGUGUGACUGACAGUACUACUCUAAGCGGUGAAGUGCUGGGGUUUAUGAAGGAGCGUCCAGAGAUGAAGGAUUCAGUGAUGCCAGAGAACGGCCCCUUGCUGUUCCAACACCACCAUUACACUCACAUCCAGGUGGACCGGGUACGAGGCCACACCGUCCUGCUUCUGUCCCUAGAAAGUGGACGGAUUCAUAAAGUGUUGGAAAAGCCUGUUUUUGUGAUUGCGGAGUAUCUGCCAUUUCCACAAGGGACGCACAUCACCAGCAUGCUGCUGGACGCUUCGAAGCAUCUGUAUGUGAGUUCCAGUAACGAGGUUGUUCAGAUUGACCUGCAGACAUGUCAUAUGUAUGGAAAUGACUGUAAAGAGUGCAGAUUAUCUAGAGACCCCUACUGUGGUUGGGAGGGUUUGCGCUGCACCUCCACAGCAAAAAAAUCAGUUCUGGACAUCAAAGACUGCACAGAUAUGCCUGAAGCGGCACCAUCAAAGACUGGAACCGGUGGUCAGAUGCCAGUGCAAGUCCUGCCAUCCUCUAAACACUUCCUGCAUUGCAAAAUAACGUCACACCACGCCACGUACCACUGGAAACACGGUGAGACGCACGAGGAGUGUGUUCAUUCCAAGCAGGACUGUUUGUAUCUCAUUGACAGUAUGAACAAAACUCACGAAGGGACGUACGAAUGCAUGUCGUCAGAGGACGGCUAUAACAGGAUGGUCGUCCGAUACGAGCUCAGCAUGAGCCGCUCAGACGCACUCAGUCUCACUCCUGCACUGCUACUGCUGCUCACAACGUCUCGUGUCCUGCUGCAGAACUUGUUCUUUUGAAAGUAUUACCUUGAAGAUGCCAUCCACAUCCUAUUUCAUAAUAGGGGUGGGAGAAGAAGAAGAAGAAAAAAAAAACAAACAAACAAACAAAAAAAACAAAAAAAACAACAACAAAAAAAAAAAAUCGAUUCUCCAAUGCAUCGCGAUUCUGUAUCAGCGAUUCUGAAUAUUUCAGAAUUGAUUCUGAGCUUGUUUUUUUCCCGCAUGUGGCUCGAGUGCGCACUAGAGACGUGGUGGGCUUCGUUGCACAUAAUUUGCACUGUAACGCAAAGUGAACCAAACGUGGAAAGCACCCUUCAGAGCACAGCAGCCAAAGUUGUGCUUAGAGGCGGUGUUUUAUAAUAACUUGCACUGUUAAAUCAUUCAUAAUUAGACUGGGAACAGUGAGUAAAUAUAGUAAAUACUCCCAGUAUUUGCUGUAUAUGUGCAAUACAGAGCUUGUAAAAGUUCAGUUAGUCAUCAGUCAUAAGAGUAUGAAAACACACAAGGCUGAUGUGGGAUAGAAUCAGUUAUUAAUGUGAUUUGCUGAGUCCACGCCUUUUUACUAUGUGGAGAGAUAUGAUAUGCAUCAUUGUUAUUAUUGAUAUUUUCCAUUAUCAGUGUUUCUGUCAUGUGAUCAGUCAAACACUGGCCACAUCUUCCUCAUAAUUUUGAAAAAAAAAAAACUUUUGAUGCAAAGGAGUCUAAACAAUUUAGUAGACAAAAAUAAAUUAAUAUUUGUAUAGACAUUUUUUAAAACAAAUUUACUAAAUUUUUGUAGGCAAAACAUUUAUAUUUUAAUAGACAAAAAUAAAUUAUUUUAAUAGACUUUUUUUAAAACUAAUUUAGGAAUUAUUUUAGAAGACAAAAAUUGAUUAAUAAUAUGAGUCUUCAUUUGUAUGGCGUUUUGAUCACUGCAACACUCCCAAAUUUUAGAGUUUAUAACUUUAUUAUUCUAACAUGAGGAAAUGAAUGAAACAGUGUGUCUGAAUGUUUGACUGCUAAUGUAUUUAUCGAAUGUAAUGCAUAAAUGUGUAGUCCUUGUGUGAUUGUCAUAGUGUUAAGACAUAUUAUUUAUUUUAAAAUUUAGAUAGAAACUGGAAGAAUUUUAUUGGAUCAGUCAGGAUCAUUAUUAUUUCUUACCAUUUACAUUUCAUUACAUUAGACAGUGAAGUGUCAAAUCAAGUGUUGUUAUUGUAAAAAAAAAAAAAAAAAAAGAUUGUGAAGAUUGUGACACACGGUGGUUUCUGAAAAUGUUCCGGAGAUAUUUUUCACAAUUAAUGUCACAAGACUUUUGGUCUGUGUUCUCAACACUGGGUGAAAUGCUUUGAUUGUAAAGUGUGUUGCUAAAGGGCAUAUUUUACAAUCAGUGACACUUCAGCAACAUGUAAUGACUUUUUUUUUUUUUAACCCUCAUUCCUUGUGUUUCUGGUCAAACCGGACCUUUUAACAACUGUGUACGAGUCUAUCAUUAUGCUAUUUUAACAACCUUAAUCAUUUUAUCAGCUUGUUUUCUUCAAUUAGCACAGUUUGUUUCUGGAACUGAUUGAUUUGAGCUCCUCAGUUUUUGAUAAAAAAUAUUUGCGGAUCAUUUUUGGAAUACUGACUCAAAACUAAGAUUAAUGAGGCCUAAGAUCAGUUAGUUCCAGAAUGAACUACAAAACCUGUGCUACAUUUUAAAAAAAAAAUAAAUAAAAAAUUAUGAGAAAUAAUGAGAAAUUUAAAAGCAGUUGACCGGGAACACCACAAGUUUAACAAGGUAGGAAGAAAAAUCCCUAAAAAGUACAAAAAUUAGUACCAAAACCAAAAAAUUAAUUGGGAGAAAAUUGUGAAGUGGUUAAUCCCUGUGUGGGCAAAGUCAUUAAGUUUUAUUCUAAUGCAAUAACAUCUGACUGACUCGUGUUUUAUUCAGUGUUGUUUCACAAUAAUAGUUUUUACAGCUUUUAAUGUUCUAUAGAGACUGUGACGCUGAAGUGCAAACAUUAUUCAGUUAUUCCUACUGUAAUGGGUUGAAUGUUUUUAUAAAGUGAUGCGAGUCAGUUAUUUAUAUCACGGAAAUGCAUGAAUAGUGUAUAUGAAUGUGUAAUGAGGUGAUGGGUAACUUUACAUAUAGGGAUGCGUGUAUAAAAUAUGACAGAUGUUUAUUUUUUCUUUUCCUGAAUUAACAGUGUAUUUUUGUAUUUAUUGAACUGCGAACUUCCUUAAAAUCUGUGAUGUUACAACCUCAACGGAAAAAAAAAAAAAGAGUCUGAUUUCGCAACAGAUCGAUGUGAAAGGCGAUCACACCCACCAUAGAGGAUCUGACACCCAACCUCUAACCUCUGUAAAGGUUGGGGAACUGGAACCAAAGCCUUCACAAGCCAUUACUCAUUUAUACCCUCAAGUGUUGGUGGAUUUGCCAUUUCACACACUGAUUUUUGUGGAAAGUGUCUGAAUAAAGACUUACAAAGCUGGAAAUGCUCCACUGUUUAAACCUGUCUUAGUCAGUGUGUAAAUAAAAGAUGAGCACACAGGAUGUGACUGACAACA